ACAUAUUAUUAAGCCCAUGAGCCAUGGCACAUGGGGUUUUCUGAAUCAACACAUCCAGGCCAGGACCAGGACUCAUAUAGUGUGGACUAUAGGGCUUGAAAGUCUAGUCUAACCAUUUUACAUAUCAAGUUCCCCUUAAGUUCAAUCAUCACAUUCAACAAAACAAGACAUUUAGUUAGAACAAAACUACCAUUAAUUAAUCAAGCUUCACUAAUGGUCUAUGCAUAAUACAUCCGUUACUGUAAAUAAACAAGAUGAUUAUUUUAAAUGACGAGAAAAAAGAUAUACAUUUUACAAUUUGGUUUGAAUUGGAGACACCAAGUUAUUUUUGUUGUCUAUCUUUUAGUAUAUACUUGGUGACUAAGAAAUAAAUACAUAUGCACAUCAAGUAUCUGCUUUAAUUAUAUUCCAGUUCAUAUAUGUCAAUAAGAUUUGGCUGCUUUAUGGUCCAUUUCAACCUUUUUUAAUGGUUUUUCUUCUCCCAAGCACGUUGGAUUAUGGUGUAAAGUGUAAACUUUUGCUAGGAUUAGAAACUUCUUUCUCUAGUACGGAUUUAGUAAAAAAAGCAUUUUUCUCCCUCCAACACCACCUUUAUUUUGUUUAUUUUGGGGGAAAAAGAUUACGUAGUUAAUUGAAAAAAAUCCAUCAUGCAUAGAAACUCACCUCGCUAAGCAAGUGCCGCUUUAUAUAAUUCCUUCCAUCUCCACCUAUCUCCAUGCCAACCAAAACAGUAGAAGAUUAAUCAAUCAGCUUUCAUCUCCCAAAUGUCUCAAGAAAUUGUUCCCGUGGAUCCCACCGACGUUUUUCUUGAUAUGGAUCCCAUCUUACCCGAAGAUUCGCCAACCAGCCAGUUCACGAGACCACUCGCUUUUCAGGAACAAUAUGUGUGGGAACCCUACGACAGCGAGAAGCUUCCGGAGACAUUAGCCUCAGAGAUUCAGAGGUUUCUUCGUGUAGCAAACUUGGUUGAGUCUGAAGAACCUCGUGUUGCUUAUCUGUGUGAGUUCACUCUCGUCUUCCCUGAAGUUUACUUUCUUGAAGCUCACCGCAUUGACCGUACUUCCAACGGAAGAGGUGUACGGCGGUUCAAAGAUUCUCUGCUUCGAGGGCUUGAGAAGGAUGACGAGUUUACUUCGAGAAGAAGAAAAGAGAUGAAUGAUACUAAGGAACUCAAACGUGUUUAUCAUGCUUACAAGGAAUACAUUAUCAGACAUGGUGCAUCAUUCAAUUUGGAUAAUAGUCAGCGAGAGAAGUUGAUAAACGCACGCAGAAUUGCUUCUGUUUUGUAUGAAAUUUUAGAGAAAAACGACACAAGUAUCGGUUAUGCCUCACCCCCAGAAAGUAUACAAUUAAACCGGGACGAGGAGAUUGCUGAACUCCUUAAUAUGGACACCUCAAUAGAGGAGACCAACAAGAUAAAUUCGGACGAGACCUUUGUCGACAAAAAAGCCGAGUUGAUAGUUGAAAACUGCAAAUCCCUGGAGGACGAGAGACUAACUCAAAUGUUUCAAGGAGAUGAUUCUGUCCAGUCAGACCAUCUCACCCGAACUGAAAAGGAUGACAUAUACAAAGAGGAAGUUCAAAUAAAGAAAGACAAAUGUUUUGCAUGUGGGUCAAUGGAGGACAAUGUCAGACCGAGUACUUCCGCGGUUCCAUCUUUGUUUUACGAAGAUAAGUAUCUCGAGACACAAGAAAAGUUGAACAAGGUGGAGAUGAAGAUUGAAGAAAUGGACCUGAAACUCAAGGAUGUCGAUUUCUGGACUAACAUGAUGCAAAACAUGUUUCCAGACCAAGUGCCUCCAUCUAUGAGAGCAAACCAAACCGAAAACAACAAUAAUGACAAACUAAGCCUAUAAAGUUUGAUUUUCUAUCUAGUUGUUUUAUUCCUAUAUAUGGUUUGUAAGAGAAUCAAUAAUUUACAUUUCAGUUUUAUUUAAAAGUUAGAUUUUCGGAUAUUUAAUUAAUUUACGAAU